CCCCUUUUUGCACGCUCGCUGCACACAACAGCAGUCGUCUCCGUGAGUCCACCUUCUCCGCUCGUGCAUCUUCCCGAGGACAUGAUCGAUGAGCUGGAGACUUUGGGGUGGUACCAUUCAGAACUGUCCCGUCACGCUGCCGAGGCUCUCCUGUUGUCCAACGGAGGUGAUGGAAGUUACCUGCUGAGGAACAGCAAUGAAGGUCCAGGACAUUUUGCUUUGUCCGUCAGGGCGAAGGACUCGGUGAAGCAUUACCAGGUGAGGCGCAGAGACCACACCUACGUCUUCGGCUUCACUACCUUUGCAACGCUUGAGAACUUCAUCGACCACUUUGCCAACCAGCCGCUGGUGGGAAGUGAAACUGGAACCCUGAUGGCGCUGAAGAGUCCGUACCCCUGCAGGGUGGAAGAGCCGUCCAUCUACGAGUCGGUGCGGGUGCACACCGCUCUGCAGACGGGCCGCACCGAACAGGACUUGGUAGCCAGCGCACCCUCGUUGGGCACAAAGGAAGGAUACCUACUGAAACAAGGGGCCAUCGUGAAGAACUGGAAGCAAAGAUGGUUCACACUCAGCAGACAUGAGCUGAAAUACUUUAAAGACCAAACGUCCCAGGACCCCAUUCGGACCCUGGACCUGAAGGCGUGCUCUGCAGUCCAGUUUGAUUAUUCCCGGGAGAGAGUCAACUGUUUCUGUCUGGUGUUUCCCGAGAGGACAUUUUAUCUCUGCGCCAAGACGGGCGUGGAGGCGGACGAGUGGAUCAGGAUCCUCAGAUGGAAACUGGCACAAAAAGGUCAAUGACUAAAACCUGCCCAGCCAUGAAGAACGCUCCCAAUUCAAGCAUUUCCUGAUUGCCCCCCGUGUAAAAAUGAUUUUUGAAAACAUAUUUUUGAUGUGAAAUUGAGUUGUUUCCAGUAAGUCAGCAAACACUAAACAUUUCUACAGAAUAAUUCCAAUGGAUAAAAACCUGAAUACUUUUUCCAGCCCUGUUUAAUAUUGAACACGAAUAAACAAUAAUGAAUUACUAACAACGA